AUGAAGAAAGAUCAGAAUAUGAAUAGCAGUACUCCUAUACCAAAGGGAUGUAUGGCUGUAAUGGUGGGUCAUGAAGGAGAAGAGCAAAAGAGGUUCGUCAUACCUGUAAUCUACAUCUAUCAUCCGCUUUUCAUGGAGCUCUUGAAGGAGGCUGAGGAAGAAUACGGUUUUGAUCACCGUGGACCCAUCAACAUACCUUGUGACGUUCAACAGUUCUGCAAUGUUGAAGGGUUGAUCAAGAAAGACGAUUUCUUUUACAACUACCAACAUCACCACCACCACCAUCACCACCACCACCACCAUAUCUGGUGCUUCAAAGCUUGA